AUGGCACAAUACAGCAUUGUUAAGUCGUUUUUGGUUGCAGUGAUUGUUGUUGUGUUCUCUGCUGCUGCAACAUCGGCUCAGGAGUUGGCUCCGGCACCGGCACCUGAUGCUGGAGCUGGAUUCUCUCUGGCUCAAUCUGCUCCAGAAGACCCCGUCCUCUGCAUCAACGACUGUGGUUUUUUCGAUAGUGCAGCUACGAUGAAUAUGUGUUCCAAGUGUCAAAAGGACAUGAUACUACUGAAGCAGGAACAUGCAAAGCUUGCAGCUGCAUCCAGCCAAGACGUCGUACGCAGAAGCUCAAGUAGCGAUGAAUCAGAACUUGCUCUUGCAGGUGCCGCGGUUGCAUCUGCAGAUUUAGCCUCUCAGAUUUCACAAGUGAAGUCAAAAGAGGGUCUGAAAAAGUGCACAGCUUGUCGUAAGCGUGUGGGCUUAACGGGGUUCAGUUGCAAAUGUGGUGAUCUUUUCUGCGCAGUUCAUCGUUAUUCAGACAAACACAACUGCCCGUUUGAUUAUAGGAAUGCUGGUCAGAAUGCAAUAGAAAAUUCAAAUCCUAUCGUCAUAGCAGAAAAGCUUAAUAAGAUCUAACAAGCACCUAUCGAAAGGUUGUAUGAACUGAAGUAAUGUCCAUCUUUCGA